GGAGCCGGGCUUGGGUGCUUCCCGGACCGAGGAGCGGAGCCAGGCUACGGGACAGGCGCCGGAGGACGUCGGAGCCCAGGAGGACCGAGGCGAGAGCAGGGCAGAACCUCCGAGGCGGCCGGCGCCAUGGAGAUCGUGUACGUGUACGUCAAGAAGCGCAGCGAGUUUGGGAAGCAAUGCAACUUCUCCGACCGCCAGGCAGAACUGAACAUUGACAUCACACCCAACCCCGAGCUGGCAGCGCUGUAUAUGGAGCGGAACCCGGUGGACAAGGGCGUGCAGUGCUCAGCCAGCAUGUCAGAGCACGAGGCCAACACUGAACGGUUCGAGAUGGAGAACUGCGGGGUUAACCACAUCGAGGGGGGCUGGCCCAAGGAUGUGAACCCCCUGGAGCUGGAGCAGACCAUCCGCUUUCGGAAGAAAGUGGAGAAGGAUGAGAACUACAUCAAUGCCAUCACGCAGCUGGGCUUGAUCAUGGAACACUGCAUCAAGCAGAACAAUGCCAUCGACAUCUACCAGGAAUAUUUUGAUGAGGAAGAGUCUGUGGAGGUGACCGAAGAAGCCCCGUCAGCCAAAACCAUCAAUGUUUUCAGGGAUCCCCAGGAUAUCAAGAGGACAGCCACGCACCUCUCCUGGCACCCCGAUGGCAACAAGAAGUUGGCAGUGGCAUACUCUUGCCUGAAGUUUCAGCAGGCACCCAUGGGCAUGAGCCACGAGUCAUAUAUCUGGGACCUGGAAAACCCCAACAGACCUGAAAUAACCCUGAAGCCAUCCUCACCACUUGUCACCCUGGAGUACAACCCCAAAGACUCCCAUGUGCUCCUGGGGGGCUGCUACAAUGGGCAGAUCGCCUGUUGGGACAUCCGGAAGGGCAGCCUAGUGGCAGAGCUGUCCACCAUUGAGUUCAGCCACCGAGACCCGGUGUAUGGCACCAUCUGGCUGCAGUCGAAGACAGGCACGGAGUGCUUCUCGGCAUCCACGGACGGGCAGGUCAUGUGGUGGGACAUCCGCAAGAUGAGUGAGCCCAUGGAGGUGGUGGUGAUGGACAUCACGCGGAAGGAGCAGCUGGCAAACGCCCUGGGGGCCAUCUCGCUGGAGUUCGAGUCGACUUUGCCAACCAAGUUCAUGGUGGGCACCGAGCAGGGCAUUGUCAUCUCGUGCAACCGCAAGGCCAAGACGUCAGCAGAGAAGAUCGUGUGCACCUACUCAGGCCAUCACGGACCCAUCUACGCCCUGCAGAGAAACCCCUUCUACCCGAAGAACUUCCUGACAGUUGGCGACUGGACGGCCCGAAUCUGGUCUGAAGACAGCCGGGAGUCGUCCAUCAUGUGGACCAAGUACCACAUGGCGUACCUCACUGACGGAGCCUGGAGCCCCGUGAGGCCAGCCGUCUUCUUCACCACCAAGAUGGAUGGGACCCUGGAUAUCUGGGACUUGGUGUUCAAGCAGUGUGACCCCGCCCUCAGUUUGAAGGUGUGUGACGAUGCCCUCUUCUGCCUCCGGGUACAGGACAAUGGGUGUCUCAUUGCUUGUGGCUCCCAGCUGGGGACGACCACGCUGCUGGAAGUAUCCAGCGGGCUCUCCACCCUGCAGAAGAAUGAGAAGAACAUAGCUUCUUCCAUAUUUGAACGGGAGACCCGACGAGAGAAGAUCCUGGAGGUGAAGCACCGGGAGAUGAGGCUGAAGGAGAAAGGCAAGACGGAAGGCCGGGAAGAUGACCAGAAGGAGGACGAACUGGCCCUAAACCUGGAUGACUUGGUCAGCAAGGCUGAGGAGGAGUUCUAUGAGGUCAUCUACUCAGAGCUGAAGAGGAAGGAGGCUGAGGCCAUGAAGAAGACAGCCAAGCCUAGGAAAAGUCUGAGUCUAGAGCCAGGGGAGGAGACAGAAAGAGCAGCUGGCGAGGAGGAAGAGGAAAAGGAUGAAGACGGGGAUGAAGGACGAGAAGACACGUCACCCUGACCCAGCCUUUGCCCUCAGCUGUCCCCGUGUGUGUGUGUGUGUGUGUGUGUGUGUGUGUGUGUGUGUGUGUGUAUGCGUCCGGUCUUCCCCUCCUGGAUACUGCUCUCUUCUGGCGAGUGACGAGUCAAGCUUUUUUCUGAGGAGACACAUCACGGGGUCCAGGCCCAGCUGGCUCCUGAGGGAAAGGGGAAUGGCUUGUCCUUAUGCCAGCUCUUUCUGGUCGCAGCCACCCUGAGGCCAUUUCCAAACUAGGGCACACAUGGCCUCUAGGUCUGGUCCUAGAUGCAUCUUUGGAUUUUGCUUCUCGCGGAUUCCUCCACAAACCAGUUAAGCCUCAGGUGGGCUUUCCUUGGCUAUGGUGAGGCCUAGAGAACAACCUGUGGAGGGGCCAGUGCUUCUCCCUCCCCGCCUGCCAAAUCAGGAUCGGAAAGUGUGCCCACUGCGACCACACCUUUCCAAGGAGCGCCCACCCUGCAACACCAGAGGCAUUUUGACAAGCAGCCACAUUGGGGAGGGGGGGUCCUGGUAUGCAAGAGAGUAGAUGGGUGCCGUGAACCCGGCUCUCCUUGCACACCCGGAUGCUUUUCUUUACUGCCCUGCUUCUUGUACAAUUAAAUCAGUGAUGAUGGUCCGUGCUCAGCAUCAUCCCGCCCGGCGUU